GGUAGGUGGACUCCGCCCCUCGCAGCGGUGUGGAAACAACACGCAUGGUCCGUGGACAGACAGACCUUGGAGAGGCGGCAGAAGUCGCGGAUGGGCAUUACCGGCGUGUGAAACAUGAAGAUUUCAAAGUCAGGACGGAAGCAGCCAGAUCCCGACGGUGGCGGUAACAGAGCUCUGUGGAUUGUAAAAGCAGCUGUAGGAACAAACCAUCUGAAGAUCCAGUGACAAAGAAAAUGCCUUAAAAAUAGUGCCGAUCCUGUAGCCUCUUCUUCCUGAGUCAUGGGAAAUGUCGAGAGCCAGAAUGGGGACCGCGCCCUCUAUGGAACAGAACAUGGCUAUUUGUCACGCAAGCACAUGUCUCGGUCCCUUCGCAUCUCCAACAAGCAGCCCAGACGGUCUCGACAUGCUUCAUCAGGGAAAAUAGAGCACAGGAACUCUGAGACGAGCACGCGCUCAAGUAGCACCCCUAGUAUCCCACAAUCACUGGCUGACAAUGGCCUGGAGCCCUUCAAUGAGACUAAUAUACUCCCAGACUUUGGAAGCCCCAUUUGGGUGGACCGUGUGGCCAUGAACCUGCGACCUGUCUCCUUUCACAUUGACCUGGCCAAUCCCUCUGUGCACAUGAAUACGAUGCACAUAACCUUACCUGGUCCAACUGCAGAGGAGGUGCAGGAUGAAGAUGUGUACACGGGCGAGGUAACGUACCUUCAGAAAACUCAGGAUGGUUCCAAAGAGACUGUCAGCUUUAAAAAGAAGAGGUCUAAGUCUGCAGACAUGUGGCGUGAUGACAGCCUGGAGUUCUCCCUGUCUGAUCUCAGCCAAGAGCACCUGACUAGCACAGAGGAGAUCAUAGACACAGCCAACGAGAGAGACUUUACUGAUUGCGGAGCCCACCUGCAAUCCAGUCCCACAGACUCAGCUGACAGGGCAAACUCCCUUGACGAGCUCUAUAGCCAGAAGAACCCAGCUCGCCAGCAACCUCAACGCCGCUAUGUCAAGUGGCACGAUGGCAACAGGGCUGUCAGGGAGGGAGAGGAUGAUAAGAUGCUCUCCCCAUCAGAGGAGGAUGGGAACACCUAUGGCGCAUACACCCUCCCCUGCCGGCGCUCCCAUUGCCUGUCUGAAGGCCCGAGCAGCCACCAAGCUGCCAUGUGUGCCAGUAUGCAGGGCAGGAGGGCACAGACUAUACAGGAUGUCACGGCCGGGGAGGGCAGCGAGUAUGAGGACAGUGGCAUCGACGGGGUGACAGUGGAGGCUGAGCACCAGUCCAGACGCUACAAGACUAUGUCAGCCUCCUUCUCCGUGUGCUCGGCGGCCGGCAGGAGCAUGUUCGCUGGCAGCGACAGCGGCAGCAGCAGUGGUGGUGGGGCCAGCGAAUGUGUACAAGGUGUGUAUGAGAACUUUCGUCAGGAACUGGAGAUGAGCUCCUGCCAGACGGAGAGCUUGGAGGAGGCAGGCUCCGCCCUGAGUGACGAGCAGAGCACCAUGAGCUCCGCCUACCAGUCUGACCCGUUGCUCAGCGUCACCCAGGGGAUGGUGCGCAAAGCUGGCAGGCUUGCCGUCAAGAACUUCCUCGUACACAAGAAGAACAAGAAAGUGGAAUCAGCCACGAGGCGCAAGUGGAAGAGUUACUGGGUUUCCCUGAAAGGUUGCACUUUGUUCUUCUAUGAGACUGAUGGCCGUUCAGGGAUCGACAACAACAGCAUUCCCAAGCAUGCCAUCUGGGUAGAGAACAGUAUUGUUCAGGCUGUACCAGAGCAUCCCAAAAAGGACUUUGUAUUCUGUCUCAGCAACUCCCUGGGAGAUGCUUUUCUCUUUCAAACCUGCAGCCAGACAGAGCUGGAGAACUGGAUUACAGCCAUUCACUCUGCAUGUGCCACUGCCGUCGCCCGCCAACACCACAGAGAGGACACGGUGCGCCUGCUUCGCGCCGAAAUCAAGAAGCUGGAACAGAAGAUCGACAUGGAUGAGAAGAUGAAGAAAAUGGGAGACAUGCAGCUGUCUGCUGUUACUGACACCAAGAAGAGGAAGACCAUCCUGGAUCAAAUUUUCCUGUGGGAGCAGAACCUGGAGCAGUUUCACAUGGAUCUCUUCCGAUUCAGGUGUUACCUGGCCAGUCUGCAGGGAGGAGAGCUGCCCAACCCCAAACGCCUGCUGGCCUUUGCCUCUCGGCCCACAAAGCUGGCAAUGGGCCGACUUGGUAUAUUCUCUGUGUCCUCCUUCCAUGCACUGGUGGCAGCUCGCACAGAGAUUGGAGUGAGGCGGCGAACACAGGUCAUGUCUCGUUCCUGCAGCAAGCGCAAGAGUCGAUUCUCCUCUCUCUGGGGUCUUGACACUACCUCAAAGAAAAAAACAAAAGCCCAUCCAAGUAUUAACCAGGUCUUUGCUGAUGGUGACGAGUCAGUGAAAAAGCCUGUAGAUGUUGAUCCUACCAAGGAACACACAAAAAGUGAGGACGGAACGAUAAAAAGCCUUCCGAGGCCCAGCACGGAAAGUGACAUCUGGGUCCCUGACCACCUGACCCCGUCAUGGGUGUGUCUGCCAAAUGAUCAGCCAGUGUUAACCAUCAUCCAGCCAGGGGAGUCGGUGCUGUGCGUUCUGGAAACCAUCUGCAAGGCUCAUCAGCUCGAUCCCACCAAGCACUACUUGCGACUCAAGUUCCUCAUUGAAAACCAAGUGCAAUUCUACAUUCCCAAGCCAGAAGAGGAUGUGUGUGACUUGCUUUACAAAGAAAUUGAGCUGUGCUCCAAAAUAACAAAAGUAAUCCAGUUUGACAGAGAUGAAUCCUGCAUGAUUGGUUACGGUUUCUCCAUUUCAGUGGUGGAGGAGGACGGAGUACAGCAGCUCUACAUCACUGAUGUGAAGGCGGGCGGUUUAGCCUUCGCCAAAGGUCUAAAUGCAGGGGAUGAAAUACUUCAGCUGAACGGAAAAGACUCUCGCAGUCUGAACUUCUCCGACAUGAAGGCGGCAUUUUCUCAAGCUUCACUGGCUUUGACGGUCAACACUCUGCCUUCGGUUGACCGCCGCCAGCUCUGCUACCUGCCGCCACGCCGCUCAGAUGCAGAGGAAGAUCUCUACACAGACAUCUUCUCCCAGAGCCAAGAGGAGAUCCUGGAUGACGGGGUCGGACUGCUGCUCGAGAGCUCAGGAGACAGCCUGGACGAUGACUCUGAGAUCUUUAGCGAGUUUGAUGAGUGCAGAAAGAGUACGGAGCAAGUCGCUGCUUUCUGCCGCAGUCUCCAUGACAUGAAUCCCUCGGAGUGUGUGUCCUCCUCGCCUAGCCCGGACUCGCCCUUCCCACCACCUGCAACUCCCCGACAGCUCUCUGAUGCCGACAAGCUCCGCAAAGUCAUUUGUGAACUCGUGGAGACCGAGCGCACCUAUGUCAAAGAUCUCAAUUGCCUCAUUGGGAGAUAUUUAACCCCACUGCAGAAAGAGACCUUCCUCACCCAGGAUGAGCUGGAUGUACUGUUUGGGAACCUACCGGAAAUGGUUGAGUUCCAGGUCGAGUUUCUCAAAACCCUGGAGGAUGGGACCAGACUGGUUCCAGAUCUAGAGAAGCUGGAGAGAGUGGAUCAGUUUAAGAAAAUCCUCUUCUCUCUAGGAGGCUCUUUCCUGUACUAUGCAGACCGUUUUAAAAUCUACAGUGCUUUCUGCGCCAGCCACACCAAAGUCCCUAAGGUCCUCGUAAAGGCCAAAACUGAUCCCAAUUUCAAAGCCUUCCUGGAUGAACGCAACCCCAAGCAGCAGCACUCUUCCACCCUUGAGUCAUACCUGAUCAAACCCAUCCAGAGGGUGCUAAAAUAUCCCCUCCUGCUGAGGGAGCUCUACUCGCUCACAGACCCAGACAGUGAGGAGCACUACCACCUGGAUGUCGCAAUGAAAGCAAUGAACAAAGUUGCCAGCCACAUCAACGAGAUGCAGAAGAUCCAUGAGGAGUUUGGAGCAGUGUUUGAUCAGCUCAUCAUUGAGCAGAGUGGUGAAAAGAAAGAGGUUGCUGAUCUGUCCAUGGGUGACCUGCUGCUCCACACUAAUGUGACCUGGAUCAACCCCCCUGUCUCCUUGGGAAAAUGGAAGAAAGAGCCCCAGAUGGCUACAUUUGUGUUCAAAACAGCGGUGGUCUUUGUAUGCAAGGACGGAUCCAAGCAGAAAAAGAAAAUGGGUGGCUCCCAUCGGGUCUCUGUAUCUUCUGAAGAAAAAGACCCUUUCCGAUUCCGUCACAUGAUCCCUACUGAUGCCCUUCAAGUCAGGUCUUUGGCCAAUGCAGAUGGCGAGGGCUCGGCUGUGUGUGAGAUUGUCCACACAAAAUCGGAGUCAGAGGGCAGGCCAGAGAGGACAUUUCAGCUGUGCUGUAGCUCUCCAGAGAGUAGAAAAGACUUUCUGAAGACAGUCCAUUCCAUCUUGAGGGAAAAGCACCGCCGACAGCUCCUGAAAACAGAGAGUUUACCCCUCAACCAGCAGUAUGUGCCCUUUGGAGGAAAGCGCCUUUGUGCCCUGAAGGGAGCCCGUCCUGCCAUAAAUAGAGCAGCAUCUGCUCCAACCAGGACUCUAGGCAGGAGGAAGUUAGUACGCAACCGUUUCACCAUAGACACAGACAUUGUUUUUGAUGGCGAGCCAGAACAGGAUCUCGCAUCACCACAGGAACCCGACUCAAAUCGGCUGCAGCAGAAUGAAGAACCUGAUCAGCAGCAGCAGCAGCAGCAGCAGCAGUCUGAUUUAGCGGGUGACACAGAUCGCUGGGUGGAAGAGCAGUUUGACUUAGAAGAAUACGAAGACCAAGAAGAGGUGAAGGAGACAGACAUCCUUAGUGAUGACGAUGACGAGUUCUGCCAGACUCCCAGAGCACCGUCCACUGAAGUCGACCUGGAAGCCCCCACUAUGGCUUUAUCCUUGGCGAGCGAGGAAACAGAGGACAGCCUCAAGUCCCCAUCGGUCAGUCAGACAUCUGAUGAUGUGAAGCUGUCCAAUACAGAGAAGCAGAGUUGCUUGACCGAUGACAAUGUGGAGCAAACAGAGAACGAUGAGAUUUGGGUAAGAAGGAAGCAAUCAAGUUCAUCCCCAGACUGUAGCACAUAAAAGCUGAAGAAGACGAGCAGAUAGCAAGUGUGCUAAACCGCUUUACAUGGGCUCCAUAAAGAUCAGUCAUCAGUCUUCACAAACAAUGCAUGGGCAUUGACGUAUAUCGCACAGCUAGUAGAAGAUAUAUCCUUCCUUACCUUACCUUUGCUGAAUGCUUUUUGUACAGGUAAGAUCAUUAGCGGAGCAAUACAGGAAUCUAGAAUGAGGGAGCUGUAUCCCAAAUCAAAUGCUGUCACACAGAAGUGUAAGCUUUGAGAGAUGAACUAACGGUACAGUCAUGGAAAUCUUAUCAGUUGCUUUGAUUGGCAUGGUUUGCACAUUUGGGCAGCAUUCUGUAGUCCUGCCUGCUGUUGCCAAAUUUGGAUAUUGUGAGAACGUUUAUAUUUGUUUUGUCUGUGUGACUCAGAGAUAUUAUCAUAGUUAAGGGCUGUAUAUUAUUUGUCCUUAAAGAAAUAGAAUAAGUAAUUGCAAAGGACAGUCUUGUCUUGCAUAGUUUACUGUACUUGUACAUUUUCUCAUGAAUAUACACUGACAUGUUUUGGGAACAGAUUUCUUGGUUAUGUAUGAUAUCAGAAUUUGAUUUCUUGACUUAAAGCGAUGUUUUUAGCCUGAAAAUAUUUUGGUUGUUCUCUUGUUACAUUUAAUAGCAGAGUUACGUAAUAGCCCCCUAUGAGUCGAGGGGAUUGAAUUUGUUUUAACUUAACAUAAUCCUGUUUUACUUGAAUUUGCUGUUUCAUAUUUUUGUUUACUGUGAAACAAUUUUCUUGAGUUUAUUUUUCCGUUUUUGCUCUUCAGUAUUGCCAUAUCUUUCCCCAUUCUUAACACUUUGUGUGCACACUCUGUGUUGUAGAGAAUUUGCACAUCAGCUAUUUUAAAAGUUAUUGUGUGUUCAGAAUGAUUGUUCACUGGUAAUGGAUUACAAAGCGAUGUUUUUUUUUUUAAUUUAUUCAUAUAUAAAUUAAUUUGUUAGCAAAAAACAUGAGUGAUCAUUUUUUCAUGAAGAAAGUCCAAAUUUGCUCAAGCAAUCAAGGGGAAAGACUUGCAGUAUGCCUGAACAGUGAAAGACGUCAUGCUUGUAAACAACUCAUUGUGCUCCUAAUACUACAUUUUAUUACUGUGUGUAUAUAGAAAAAUGUAUUGAUAUCAUAAUAAAUACAGUUGUUUCCUACUUAUACUUCAAA